UCGACACAAAUCACGAAUGUCAACAUAAGAAUCGAAUGAAUACUAAAAUAUUUAUAUAUUUUUGUAAACUUCUUAAAUCAAGUUAAGAAAUGGUGACUGAAAAUUGGAGAAGUUCUAUAGGAUCUCUAUUAUCACUAAGUAUCGAAUAUAUUGUUAAUAAUUUAGCAAUAUAUGCAAACGGAAACAUUGAGCAAUUGAAGGCAUUGCCUCCGAACAUUAAAAACAGAAUUCUACGAAAGUUCACCACUUGCUCAUAUUUCUGGCAGAAUGUGAAUUUUAAAGAUGUAUUGUGUGCAACUGUAAACGAUAAGACAAGUCACAUAAAUUUAACUUCAGCUACUGUCGAUGACGAUGUAUUAAAUAUUCUAAAUGCAUGCAAAAAUGUAAAAAAGUUGUAUCUCACCAGAACAGGAGGUACUCAAAUAACAAAUACAGUAUUGAAAAACUUAUUGAAAUGCACAAACCAGUUAUGUCUUUUCGUGAUAACAAACUGCGAAGAAGUAAACGAUGGUGUGCUCGAGUGCUUAACAGAUCACUGCUCACAUUUGAUGGGUUUAGACGUGGGUGGCUGUAAAAAUGUCACAGACGAUGGUGUAAAGAGGUUGUCUACACUGAAAAAUUUGACGUGGCUCACAUUUUCCCAAACCCAAAUCAGUGAUGAAGGUAUUUCCUUCUUAGUGAAAGGAAGUAGUGGGAAAAAUAUAAGGGAGCUGAGAAUAGACAACUGUCCGAAUGUCACGGAACUUGGUUUGAAAUUAAUCGCAGAAAAUUGCCCUAGUAUCGAGACCUUAAUGUUUUACAAUUGUUCAACGGAUAGAGAUCAAAUACCGUUUCAAGAAGGGCAGUUUAAAAAUUUGAAGCAGCUGACUUGGACAAUUACGUGGUAACUCAUCGACUUAAUUGUACGUAGCUAUAUACUACUUAAAUAAAUCUCAACGGUUUAUAUUA